AGACAAGGGGAGAGAAGGGCAAUAACUCAUUAGCAGAAGCUCUGUAUAUGUGCAUUCUGCUAUUUGCCACAUAUCUACAAGGGAGUUUCUUUAGAGUACAGAGAAACCUGUGAGCUGUUGGAAUAUUAUAAGUCUUUCCUUGAGAUGUCAGCCAAGAGCUUCAGUAUAGUCACAGUCGCUACUGUGCUUAUUUUCUUCCUAAAGAUACAACUCUCAAUGCAAGCGCCGUUGAAUGGGUCGAAAUGGUCUUAUAUCGGUCCUGACGGAGAGAAGGCCUGGCCAAAGAAAUAUCCAUUUUGUGGAGGAGUAUUCCAAUCGCCAAUAGAUUUCCACAAAGAUAUUCUCCAGUAUGAUUCUAAUCUCUUGCCUUUAGAAUUCAUAGGCUAUAAUGUGUCCUCCACUGACCAGUUUACAUUGACCAAUAAUGGUCAUUCAGUGAAAAUGUACCUGUCGCCUACUAUGUACAUCAGAAACCUCCCGUUUGAAUACACUGCAUCUCAACUUCACCUACACUGGGGAAACAGGAACAAGUCAGAAGGCUCAGAGCACACAGUCAGUGGGAAGCAUUUUGCAGCAGAGCUGCAUAUUGUACAUUAUAACUCUGAGAAGUAUCCAGAUGUAACAGCAGCAAUGGAGGUUUUGGCUAUUCUUCUUGAGAUUGGACCUUUCAACCCAUCCUAUGAAAAGAUCUUCAGGCACUUCCGGAAUGUGAAAUACAAGGAUCAGAUGGUCCAAGUCCCUGGUUUCAAUAUUCAAGAAUUGCUUCCUGACAGACUGGAAGAGUAUUAUCGCUAUGAAGGAUCCCUGACAACUCCUCCUUGCUACCCUAGCGUUCUCUGGACAGUUUUCCGACACCCCGUUAAAAUUUCACAAGAGCAGUUACUGGCACUGGAAACAGCCAUGUACUGCACAGAGAGUGAUGACCCAGAACCCCUGGAAAUGGUCGAUAACUUCCGAAAUGUUCAGGAAUUUCAUGAAAGACUGGUUUUUAUCUCCUUCCGUGAAG